AUGGCAUCGAUGUUACAAGCAAUCAGGUAUAGCCGUGGCAAGUUAGCCAUCAUUGACCAGCUACAGCUCCCAUACGUGGAAAAGUUCAUUACAAUCCAGACAUCUGAAGAAGCCUGGCAUGCAAUCAAGGAAAUGAGAGUCAGGGGCGCACCAGCCAUUGCAAUAGUUGCAGCCCUCGCACUCGCGUCAGAGUUGCAUACACUCAUAGUCCACGAUAAAAUAUCAUCAGGAGCAGAGGAGGUGAGACUUUUUAUUAGGGAAAAGUUGGAUUACCUAGUGAGCAGCAGGCCCACUGCUGUCAACCUCAGUGAUGCUGCUCGCAAACUGGAAUCAACCAUAUCAGAUCAUGCAAAUAUCCCUGGUGCAACUGGGCGUAACGUUGCGGAGGCUUUCAUCUGCGCCGCAGAGGAUAUGAUGACCAAGGACCUGGAGGAUAAUAUGAAGAUUGGUAAAAAUGGUGCUGAGUGGAUUAUCAAACAUGCACUUGCAGCGCACAAGUCAACAGCUACAGUUCUGACGCAUUGUAACACUGGCUCGCUUGCAACAUCGGGCUAUGGAACAGCCCUGGGCGUGAUACGAGCGUUGGCUUCAAAAAAGGCCCUGGAACAUGCAUAUUGCACCGAGACUAGGCCUUACAACCAAGGCAGCCGCCUGACGGCUUUCGAACUUGUCCAUGACAAACUUCCUGCUACAUUGAUAACCGACUCGAUGGUAGCUGCACUGCUUGCUAAUACGAAAGCUGGAGUGGACGCAAUCGUGGUUGGGGCAGACAGAGUGGCAGCCAAUGGAGAUACAGCCAACAAAAUAGGUACAUAUGGUUUAGCCGUACUAGCCAAAUACCACGGCGUGAAAUUCCUUGUUGCCGCUCCACUCACGACAAUCGAUCUCGGCACUAAAUCGGGUGAAGAUAUCGUCAUUGAGGAACGGCCAGCAGCUGAAGUCACCAAAAUCAAAGGGCCUGUCGAAGGACAACAUUCAGCUGAUAUCGUGAAGUUGGAAACUGUGCACAUUGCUGCAAAGGGUAUCAACGUCUGGAAUCCAGCAUUCGAUGUUACUCCCUCGACACUCAUCGACGGCAUCAUCACUGAAGUCGGCGUCAUCGAAAGGGAGACAGAUGGUCAUUUUCACCUGGAGCAGCUAUUCAUGGAUAACUCGGCUUCAUGA